GCCGGCCGGUGUGCUCACCUGGGCCGCAGCGCCUGGCCGCGGAAAACGGAAGUAACCCUGAGGACACAGCACUAAGCAAGAACCAGAAGUGGUGUGGUGAACAUUUGAAAUGCAACCAGACAUGCCCUUGGACAACAUCAAGAUGUCAUCCAGUGACCUGCUGGAGAAGAAAGAUCUAGACAGUGGAGGCUUCGGGAAGGUGUCCUUGUGUUUCCAUAGAAGUCAUGGAUUUGUCAUCCUAAAAAGGGUGUACACAGGGCCCAACCGUGCCGAAUACAAUGAGGCUCUCUUGGAGGAGGGGAAGAUGAUGCACAGACUGAGACACAGUCGAGUGGUGAAGCUGCUGGGCAUCAUCAUAGAAGAAGGGAAUUACUCGCUGGUGAUGGAGUUCAUGGAGAAGGGCAACCUGAUGCAUGUGCUGAAGGCCGAGAUCAGCAUCCCACUUUCUGUAAAAGGAAGAAUAAUUUUGGAGUCUAUUGAAGGGAUGUGCUACUUACAUGACAAAGGUGUGAUACACAAGGACCUGAAGCCUGAAAAUAUCCUUGUUGACCGUGACUUUCACAUCAAGAUAGCUGAUCUGGGUGUGGCUUCCUUUAAGACAUGGAGCAUACUGACUAAAGAGAAGCACAACAAACAGAGGGAAAUGCAUAUCACCUCUAAGAAGAAUGGAGGCACCCUCCACUACAUGGCACCUGAACACCUGAAUGACAUCAAUGCAAAGCCCACAGAGAAGUCAGAUGUGUACAGUUUUGGCAUUGUACUUUGGGCGAUAUUUGCAAAUAAGGAGCCCUAUGAGAAUGCCAUCUGUGCCGAGCAGCUCUUGAUUUGCGUAAACUCUGGGAACAGGCCAAAUGUGGAGGACAUCAUUGAACACUGCCCAAGGGAGAUCAUCAGCCUCAUGGAGCGGUGUUGGCAAGCAGACCCAGAGGACCGGCCAACAUUUCCUAGCAUUGAAGAAGAAUUUAGGCCUUUUUACUUAAGUCAAUUUGAAGAAUAUGUAGAAGAGGAUGUGGCAAGUUUAAAGAAAAAGUAUCCAGAUCAAAGUACGGUUUUGAAGAGGAUGUAUUCUCUCCAGUAUGAUUGUGUGCCCUUACCUCCAAGCAGGUCAAAUUCAGAACAGCCCGGUUCACUGCACAGCUCCCAGGGACUCCAGAUGGGGCCUGUGGAGGAGUCCUGGUUUUCUGCCUGUCCAGAGCAGCCACAGGAAGAGAAUGAGCGCAGUGUGCAAGCUAAACUUCAAGAGGAAGCUAGUUACCAUGCUUUUGGAAGAUUCACGGAGAAACAAGCAAAACCACAGCCCAAGCAGAAUGUGGCUUACAGUAGAGAGGAAGAAAGGAAACGAAGGGUCUCCCAUGACCCCUUUGCACAGCAGAGACCUCGUGAGAAUGUUCAGAGUACAGGGGCUAAAGGUUUUUCUGACCCCAGUACCGCCAGUCAUGGAAAUGCAGCACACCAGCUAUCAGGGCCAGCUAGCCACGCACAAGUGCCAUUCUGGAACAACGGAUUAUAUAAUCAGCCUGGGUUUGGAACUUCAGGUACAGGAGUUUGGUAUGGGCCAAAUCCAAGCCAAAUGUAUAAUACUUACAAAACUCCCGUACCUGAGACCAAUCUACCUGGAAGCAUACCCACCAUUCCAUUCAUCUCCUUGCCACUAGCAGAUGAGUCUAUGAAAUGUACUAUAUAUAAUAGUUCUGGUGUUCAGAUUGGAAACUACAAUUAUAUGGAUCUUGGACUGAAUUCACAACUACCAGACAAUAUGUGCAAAGAAGAGUCAGCUCCCAAGCACCAAGCCAUCUUUGAUAACAUCAGUAGUCUGACUGAUAAACACCUGAACCCUGUCAGGGAAAACCUGGGAAGGCAGUGGAAAAACUGUGCCCGAAAGCUGGGCUUCACAGAGUCUCAGAUUGAUGAAAUUGACCACGACUAUGAACGAGACGGGCUGAAAGAAAAGGUUUACCAGAUGCUCCAGAAGUGGCUGAUGCGGGAAGGCACCAAGGGGGCCACAGUGGGAAAGUUGGCCCGGGCACUUCAGCAGUGUGGCAGGAUAGACCUGCUGAAUCACUUGAUACAAGCCAGCCAGAGCUAAGCUUGGGUGGGCUCUGACAGUGGGAACUAGACUGUUCCCCAGGUGCACAAGCCCUGUUUGCCCCCUGGCCUUCAGAACUCUAAGUCAGUACAAGCCCUGCAUCUGCACAGUAUCAUGCAUUUUGGAACUGGGGGGAUGGGAAGAGAAGUCUGCAGCCCACAGUGGUUCUUCAGAAAGUACAAGCGUGGAGACUACCAAAUGACCCAGGACAAGGCGGGGAGGGAGGUGUGUGCAGAAAAGAACCUAAUAGGUUUUGAAAAAAGAAAAGAGGUGUUGGAGGAGAAAGGUGGUCUUUGUUCAGCUUGUGCCAUAGUCUUCAGUUGUGCUAUUUACUCAGUUUCCUGUGGUUUCAUUUGGGUGAGGGAGGAAAAAAAAAAACAAAACAAAACAGAACAAAAACCAUUCAAAGAAUGUAAAAUCUACCAGCUUCCUCUGAGUGCAGUAAAGUGCUGCCUUACAUGACAGCCACAGUUCUUCCUAAAAUUGUAGGAUGUUAACUUUAGCAUCCAAUGCUGUGCUGUUGCCUUCAGCUUUAAGAAUCAUGUGCAAUCCUAGUCUAUCAAAUUAUCAGUUAAUGAGGAAAUGUUAAGGAGUGCUAAGAAGGAGGAAAAACUACAGGGCAGAGGGAGGUCAUCAGAUCCCAGCACUCAGCACUGAGAACUGCUGCUGAUUGCAGCUGCUGUAAAAUCUACUGUAAGCUUUGAAAGUUUCUCCUACAUCCUGGUGCAUCAUGCCAUUCCCCAGCCUGUGCACCACACAGAGGGAACUAGUGUGCAGCAAAUACCGUGAUAUCAGGAAAUGUCACCUCUUCCUCUGUAGAUAUGACCAAAGCCUUGGCACUACUCACUACUGUUUCCUCGGUUUACCCAGAAAAAUGUACUGUGAUGUGAAUCAAAAAAGGACCGCUUCAGGGUCCGGUCAUUGUGCCUUUAGCAAGCCCACGUGUGACCUGGGUAUGAGUGACAGACUGAGGCUGCCCGAGCCAACCACAGCCACUGCUGGCACUUGCUGGUCAGGGGCAUGCAGCAACAGUGCAGCUAUCAGGAAAGAUUCUGGUGUCCGGCUGACAACAGUGGAUUAUGAUUCUGAAUCUCCUGCAGCCUCAGAAGAUGUGUACCACUCCUGGAAUGGGCUGCAAAGCAGCUUUGGCCUCGUUGACAUUUUGGCACGAGUUGGCACUUCAUAGUCCACAUUGGCCUACCCUGUACUCUGUAGAAUAUUGAGAAAUGUGCCCAGCCUCUGUCUACAGGAUGCCAAUAGUACAAGACAACUCUACCCACCAGAUGUGACAAAAAUGUCUCUAGACAAGGCUACAUGUCCUUUGGAGGGACCCUGCUGUAACUUUAUAUGUCUCAGUUGUUCUGUUAACACAUGCUGGGUUCAUGCCUUAACUGUAUAGAGUAUGCACAUUGGAAGGGGAUUGGGGCAGGGAAGGUUCCAGGCUUUCCUGGAGGAGCCUGUAUAGUCUUUAAGUGCUUUCCUCUUAACCUAUAUUACAAUGCUGUUUUAAGAAGUCAGAAUUAACAAGUAUUUUUAAUGGAGUUUUGGGAAAUGGCAAGGGAAGCCUGAGCUGGUUUUGGAAUUGCAGUAGUGAUCGGGGUCCUAGUGUUAAAAUCAUGUCUAAUAAGUGUUCUGUAAGGAAAGAAUUGUGGGCCCAUUGAGAAGAUAGGUACUUCAGGUCCAGGCCCAGAUUGUGACCACAGACUUCCAGGUCUUUUCCAUGGGUUACUGACCAGGCUCACCACUGAGAUCCAGACAAUUGCUUGGCACCUUGAGUUGUGGCUGAACCUGUGUGAGUUGAAGGACAGUCAACAAAUGAAGCCUUAUAACCUCAUAGGCAUGCUGGCCAGUCCCUUGUACAAGAAAGGCCUUGAACCAACUACUCUGAGCCAGUGGUUGGUAGGUUAGACCUUCAUUGCUCUCUGUACCUCAUUGGGUGCCCUGGAGGACUGAUGACUUUGUAGUCAGUGGCCUGCUCCAAACAAGUGCAUGGGAUGUGGGAGGCUUUCUGGGAACCCAACACGGAUUCAGAACACCUCUUUAAAUCCAACUCCCAAGCUAUGCAGAAUGCUCCAGGGCAUUGAGGGCCCUGUUCCCAGAGCACAGAGUUCUGUUUGGUUCUGUUUUUGAUAAGAUAUCCUUUCUUUUUAAAAAAAGUGAAAUAAAAUUUUAUACUUUAUAGGGUA